ACUCUCCAUACUCCUGUCUCUCUCUCUUUGUGUACUCUCCAUACUCAUGUCUCUCUCUCUCUCUCUGCACUCUCCAUACUCAUGUCUCUCUCUCUCUGUACUCUCCAUACUCCUGUCUCUCUCUCUGUGUGUACUCUCCAUACUCCUGUCUCUCUCUCUGUGUGUACUCUACAUACUCCUGUCUCUCUCUCUCUCUCUCUCUCUGUACUCUCCAUACUCCUGUCUCUCUCUCUCUCUGUGUACUCUCCAUACUCCUGUCUCUCUCUCUCUCUCUGUGUACUCUCCAUACUCCCGUUUUCUCUCUCUCUCUGUGUGCUCUCCAUACUCCUGUCUCUCUCUCUCUGUACUCUCUAUACUCCUGUCUCUCUCUCUCUGUGUGUACUCUCCAUACUCCUGUCUCUCUCUCUCUGUGUACUCUCCAUACUCCCGUUUUCUCUCUCUCUCUGUGUGCUCUCCAUACUCCUGUCUCUCUCUCUGUACUCUCUAUACUCCUGUCUCUCUCUCUCUCUCUGUACUCUCCAUACUCCUGUCUCUCUCUCUGUACUCUCUAUACUCCUGUCUCUCUCUCUCUGUGUGCUCUCCAUACUCCUCUCUCUCUCUCUGUGUACUCUCCAUACUCCUGUCUUGCUCUCUCUCUCUCCCUGUGUACUCUACAUACUCCUGUCUCUCUCUCUCUGUGUGCUCUCCAUACUCCUGUCUCUCUGUGUACUCUCCAUACUCAUGUCUCUCUCUCUCUCUGUACUCUCUAUACUCCUGUCUCUCUCUCUCUCUGUGUACUCUACAUACUCAUGUCUCUCUCUCUCUCUCUGUACUCUCCAUACUCAUGUCUCUCUCUGUGUACUCUCCAUACUCCUGUCUCUCUCUCUGUGUACUCUCCAUACUCCUGUCUCUCUCUCUGUGUACUCUCCAUACUCCUGUCUCUCUCUCUGUGUGUACUCUACAUACUCCUGUCUCUCUCUCUCUCUGUACUCUCCAUACUCCUGUCUCUCUCUCUCUCUCUGUACUCUCCAUACUCCUGUCUCUCUCUCUUGCUCUCCAGGUCUGCGUGGUCUGAUGAUGGCGGUGAUGAUUGCUGCUCUCAUGUCCUCCCUCACCUCCAUCUUCAACAGCUCCAGCACCAUCUUCACCAUGGACCUGUGGAGGCAUGUCCGGCCCCGCGCAACCGAGUGGGAACUCAUGCUCGUGGGAAGGAUGUUUGUGCUGGUUCUGGUGGUGGUGUCAGUGCUCUGGAUCCCUGUGGUCCAGGCCAGUCAGGGAGGACAGCUGUUUAUCUACAUCCAGUCCAUCAGUACCUACCUCCAGCCUCCUGUUUCCAUCGUCUUCCUGACUGGAUGCUUCUGGAAGAGGACCAAUGAGAAGGGUGCUUUCUGGGGCCUGUUCCUGGGCCUACUGGUGGGCGGUGUGAGGAUGGCCCUAGACUUUAUCUAUCCCUCACCACUGUGUUACCAGGAAGACAGCAGGCCUGAUGUGGUGAAACAUGUCCACUACCUCUACUUCUCCACCAUGCUGUCUAUGUUCACCCUGGUGGUGGUGGUGGGGGUCAGCCUGGCCACGGAGAAACCCAGCCCAGAGCAGAUCAGUCGCCUCACCUGGUUCACCAGAUUUGAUAAGGUGGAGAAGAGCAGUGGAGCUUUAGAGACAGUAGAGACUGUGACUAGUGCUACAGAGACCGAGAUAGAAGAUAGGGAGCAGGAGGCUAACAGAGAGACACACCUUCAGAGGAAAGUGUCUUCAGAAGCCAGUGUGAGGAGCCAGUCCAGGCUGAAGGCCGCCCUCUACUGGCUGUGUGGGAUGGAGCGGCAGAAGCAGGGUGACAGCGCCCCACAACCCCCUCUUCUUCUCGACCCCGCUAGCUCUCUGGAAGAGGACCCAUGCCUUAGCCACAUGGUCGACGCCAACCUCAUCAUCUGCCUCUCCAUCGCCGUCUUUAUCAUUGGCUACUGGGCCUAGUGAGGAAUUGUCAACAGCCAAUGAUAUUGGCAGGGACAGGUGGUGCUUGGCCAUUGCUGCAGCAUCAUAGGAGUGCUGCUGAAGUGUCACAGCAGGCUGUUAUUUAUUAUUGUAUAAUAGCAAUGUAUAGUUGUUUUAACCCCUCCACCCCCCCCCCCCCUCUUCAGAGGACAAAUAUCUUCAGCUUUUUUUACAGCUUUUUUUGCUACAUGAACAUACAUUUGACAUACAUGAUACUUUUAUAUAAAGCAGUCACACAACAAUAAUACAUUACCAAACGCUUUAAUCCCAACCCUCAGCCAAUCCCACCUAUCACCAUAGACCACCCUCUUUUGCCAUAUCUUUUUCAAUUGUGCUGUGAUUUCCCCCCAAUAUUUUUGAAUCUUUCUAAUCGUAUAUUAUGCACAGAUUGUGAGCUAAAGAUGAAAACCUUUCCUAUGAGUAUUAUUAUAUUAUUGACUGACUAUGGCUUUCCAAAUAGCCCAACACUGCUAUUUGUAAGGUUAAUUUUAAGUGCAUGUUGUGAUUUUUUUUAACCAUUCCUCAACCUGUGACCAGAAACAAGCUACAUAGGGACAAUACCAGAAUAAAUUAUCUAGUGAUUCUGUCUCUUCGCAGCAAAAUCUACAGAGCUGAGAUUGUUGCCCCAUUAUAUAUGGCAUUCUGUUGGUGGCAAGAAUUUUAUAUAAUAAUUUAAAUUGAAAAACUCUAAGUAUUGAAUCAAGUGUAGUUUUUUGUACCAGUUCAUAAUCCCUAUGCCAUGGAAUUGGUACAAAAGUUCCUCCUAUUUAUGUUGCACCCUGGAUGGCGCAGCUGUCAACAUUUGUCCUCAGAUGAAACUGGUAUAUUAUUCUAUUUAUGCCAGUUCCUUUCAGACAAUUUGUAUCUUUACUAUAUGGCAGUGUUUAAAUGGGCAUGAUGCCUCUUAAUAUGCUACAUUUAUUAUAGUUCUUACUAAUAGUAUACAUUCCAUUAGAUUAGAAUAUACAGUAUAAAUUCAGUAUUCAGCUGACAUGAAUAAACACGGAUUAUUACUGUUUUAA